UAUCUUUUUUUUGUAAGAUUGUUCCAUCUGUGCUGUAGCUUGGAAGUUUUUGAGAAGGGGUCUCCAGAAGGAAUUUGUAAUUGGGCAUCAGUCAAGAACAAUGAAAGCAAGAAGACUAGUUCUCACUUGUCUUCCAUUUUACUCUCAAAAGUAAGGUGAAUAUUGAGGGGUAUCUAAUUGUUCCUUUGUGUCAAUCUUCCUCUACCUUUAAUGCUUGUCUCUGGAAAUUGAGGGAUCACAAUGUCUCUUUCUACGUACACUCUUGAUAGAGAAAAUGAGGAUGCGACGUUGAUGUCUUCAUUGAUCCCUCAACUUAGCACAAAAUCGACAACCCACCACACAGUCAAUGUGCAAACAACUAUUAUAAAUUUGCAAGGCUACCAUGGGAGGGUUAGGACCAGCCAACGGGCCGACAAAGCUGCAAGUUUCAGGGCGGACUAUAACAAUUCAGUAUUUCCUCCAGUCGGUGAGCUGAUGAUGGAUAGUGAUGUAAAAUCGAGCCUCUCAUUCAUCAUCAGGCAAGUGCUGAACCGAUUCCUUCCAACCACGAAAUGUCCGACAAGGCUUUGGAUGAGUUUGAGCGCUUUCUUUCCCUUAAACCUAAGAUUCGUGAGCGCGUUUAUAAUUAUUACAUGGACUCCCGAUGGUUUGAGACUGGUAAUGGAGAAUUUGAGUUUAAGUGGUUGCACUCGUUCUUUGAAAAUGUCGUCAAGAUUAAGAUUGAGAUGCACCUGGGCUGAGGGGUGGAAUGUAGGAUUGGUGAAGGAAACAGCGGCUGUUCAUGUGUUGUUUUUCAGGGAUGCUGGGUCUGGGAAUCGAUUUCGUACUAUGAUGACCUUGCCGUGUUGACUGUUUUAUGAGGGCUGAGGAAUACAUCUUGAAUUGUAUGAGUCGAUAGUUGUUCAAAAGUUAAUGAGUAACAAAGUAAGAAACCAGAACCGCCGGUAAAGAUGAUGCAAAUGUUCAGAAGAGCGGGGAAUAUGUAGUCCU